AUGAAUAAAAGUAAAACUACUGGUUCAUCAUCUGCACAGAAUUUGACACCACCAUCAUCUAUUCGACAUAGUACACCAAUAUUAUCUCGAAGAAGUUCAACAAAAACUAAUUCAAGAACAGUUACUAGUUCAGCAGGUGGAUCAGUAAGUCGAGGAGGUGUUUCGAAAACACGUAGUUCUCGUCGAGCUAAUAAAACAUCAAAAUUAAAACAAUCAACAGGAAAGGAGAAAAAUGUUGCUAGCCAUCCUAAUAAUGAUACUGCUGAUGAGAUGGAAGAUGAUGGUGCUAUUUAUAAUGUGGUUCAGCAACAUGAUAAUAAUGAUCAACAUAAUUUAUUGAAUUUAUCUAAUGCAAGUGCUGAUACAAUUAUUGAUCCAACUUCCAAUAAAAACAAAAAUAUUGAUAAAAAACCUGUUGAACAUUUUAUAUUUAUAAAUGAAACUGGCAAAUACAAAUGUUCAAUUUGUUCAAAGGAAUAUAAAGCCAUGCAAUAUUCAGAUACAAAUCUACGAAGCCAUUUAGGUUUUACACACGGAAUGCAUCAAUAUUUAUUUCCAUCUCAGUUGCAACAAAGAAAUAGUAAAAAAUUUACAUCAACAAUUGCAUUAGUAGAUAAGCGACGAUUUGAUGCUGCAGCAAUUCAAUGUAUCGUCGAUGAUGGUCAUGCUUUUGGAAUUUUCCAACGGCCUGGCAUGCAAAAAUUUUUAGCAACAAUUAUUCCAGGUUACUACGGUCCGUCUAGAAAGACGGUCCGCAAAAAUUUGGACAAAUUAUAUCGACAACAUCGUACUUCAUUACGAGAAUCAAUGAAAAAAAUUCCAUUUAUUGCAUUAACUAUCGAUUUAUGGUUAAAUUCACGUCGUACACAUUUCUUAACAAUAACAGCUCAUUAUUAUGAUGAACAUAUGAAACAUUCAUCAACAGUCAUCUGCUUUCGUCGUUUUCGUGGUCGUCAUUUCGCUUACCGUUUGAAUUCAUUUAUUAUUAAAGAAAUUCAAAAAUUAAAUAUUCAAUCAAAAAUCGUAGCUGUUACGACCGACAGUGGCGCUGAUAUUAAAGCUGCAACUUCAACAAAUCAAUUUGGAACAUGGUAUUCAUGUGAUGCACAUAAUAUUAAUUUAAUGGUGUCGUCAAGUUUGUGCUUAUGGAAAAAACCAAAAAAGUAA